CGGGGACUCCCGCACACGAUGAAACUCUGAGGGCGCUCCGGGCGAUCAUGACGCUGCCCGAAAGCGACAGGAAGGUGGAGGGACUCGUGAGGGACGCGAUGGUCGAGAUCGCGCGGACGGGAUGCGUCAGGUGAGCCCCGCGUCGCCCCGCCCCACCCCGACCGCCCGUCUCCCUCCCAACCUCCUCCCCAUUCCAAAAAACCCGGGCACCCCCCCGUCUCUGAUCGCCUCGACCCAAACGACGCAGGUUCACCUGGGACGUCACGAGACCCGCGAUGGUGGCGCUGAUGCGCGCGUCGAUGAAAGAGUUCGCGCGCGCCCAACGGAGCACCGGCGCCAAGGUGGACGUCGGGCCGCCGCGAGCGGAGGAUGCGGCGGCGGCGGAUGCGGCGGAGAGACUCGCGAAUGAAUUGGCGCAGUUCCCGGCGCCGCCGUUCACGUCGCAGAGGCUGUGCGAGCUGCUCCUCGCGCCGCGCGAGUACUACACGAAGAUAGAGAAGCUGGUGCACGCCGUGGAGAAGCUGAUGACGGUGACGGGCACGGUGGCGUCCUCGAACGCGCCGCCCGACGAACCGGACGACGUCGACGUGAACCCGGCGAGGGUGAGACACGAGAAUGACCCGGUCAACUUGGAACAGACGGCGUUUGUGUCGUCGCUCGUGGGGACGGGGCCGGCGACGGCGACGGGGCCGGGGCCGGGCGGGGACCACCCCGUCGCCACGAACGGCGUGGGAGCCCGUGUCGACGCGGACGGAACGAGCACCGAGACGGACGCGGGUGACGCGGGACCGGGGCCGAUCGGCGACGCGAACGGGUCGAUCGUCGGGUCGGUGCUCGCGGGGAAGAGAAAGGCGGAGGGCGACCCGUGCUCGGCGGACGGCGGCGUGGACGGCGUCGCGGUCGACGGGGGCGUCGCGGGACCCGCGGUGGACGCCGGUGGUGCGCUGUCGGUGUCGGCGGUCCAGUCGUGAGCGUAGGUGACGAUCGAUGCGUGCGUAAUAACACCGAGUCGCGCGAC